AUGAAGUUCUCAAUUAAGAGUUUAAUCGCUACCGCUGCCGUCUUAUCUAAAGCCAUCGCUAUUGAUGUUGCUUGUUUAGUUAAUGGUGUUGAAGUUGCUAUCGUUGACUUAGACACUGGUCUUUGUCCAUUCACCAUCCCAUCUAACUUACCAGCUUUCUUCAACUUUGUUUCUCCAGAAGAUUACAAUAUUGAAUUCUAUUACUCUAUUGCUCAAAAUACCAGAUUUUUCACUGAUAUUGUUAACGCCGGUAGAGUUAUUAGCAUUCCAGCUAUUGAUUUAUUCGGUUUACCAGGUGCUCCAUUAUACCAAGUUCACGUUGAAGCUACUCCAGCUGUCAACUCUACUGCUGCUAUCAGAAAGAGAUUAUUCAAAGAUGAAACUGAUUUAGUUAAGAGAGAUGCUGCUUCUGAUUUUGCUGCUUCUUUAGAAUCAGUUGAUGGUACUUUAGUCAGUGGUUCAGCUUUCUCAGUUGUUGCUCUUUCUUCAUCAUCAUCUGCUCCAGCUUCUUCUGCUCCAUCUACUAUGCCAGUUUCUUCCGGUGUUGAAACCUUACCAGGUACCGUUACCACCACUUUAGAAUCUACCACUAUUAUUACCAUCACUUCUUGUUCUGACAACAAAUGUGAAGCCACCACCGUUCCAGCUACCCCAGCUGUUACCACCGAAACCAUCAACGGUGAAGUUACUGUUUACACUACCUAUUGUCCACUUACUGCUGAAGAAGGUACUGAAACUGAAACUCUUGAAUCUACCACUAUCAUUACUAUUACUUCAUGUAAGAACAAUGCUUGUCACGAAACCACUGUUCCAGCUACCCCAGGUUUAACUACUGAAACUAUUAACGGUGAAGUUACUGUUUACACUACUUACUGUCCAAUCACUGCUGAAGAAGCCACUGAAACUACCCCAGCCACUGCUGCUACUGCUGCUACCCCAGCUGCUCCAGCUGGUGAAGAAACCACUACCACCGAAACUGCUACCGUUGCUCCAGGUGCUACUGGAACUGAAGCUGCUCCAGCUGCCGAAGGUACCACCGCUGCUCCAGCUGCUGAAGGUACUACCCCAGCCACUGUUGCUGCUGAAUCUACUGGUGCCAUUUCUACUUACGAAGCUGGUGCCUCUAACUUCGGUGCUUCUUUAUUAGCUUUAGCUUUAAUUCCAUUAGCUUACUUAUUAUAA